AUGGCACUCAUCAAGUUUCGCGGCAAACCACUUAGUGGCUAUAACAUUCUCAUCAUUGCCUUUGCGACUUUUGGUAGUAUCACCUACGGAUACUGUUCCGCCAUCAUAGGAUCCACCCUCGGCCAGCCAUCCUUUCUCCAUUACUUCGGUCUCGAUACAGCCAGCAAUGCAGCCGCUCUCACUGGUGCAAUCAACGGGCUCUUCCAGGGCGGUGGCCUCAUCGGCACCUUGAGCUUUGGAGCUGUUGCCGACAAGUUCGGUCGAUGCAAGGCCAUGUUCCUUGCAAGUCUAAUCGCUAUUAUUGGUGGCGGGCUUCAAGCUGGCUCUGUCCACUUGGCAAUGUAUCUAGUCGCAAGGUUUCUUACAGGCCUGGCUAUCGGUGGACUCGUCAUGCUUGUGCCCCUUUGGCAGAGCGAGGUCGCGCCUCCUCAUGCUCGUGGCCUCCUCGUUGGUCUUCACGGUGUUUCGAUUUUGGUCGGAUACUCAUCGUCCGCUUGGGUCGGAUUCGGCUUCUACUUCGUCAACGCAGACGGGGCACAGUGGCGUCCUCCUCUGGCCAUACAGUGCUUACCUCCACUCAUCCUGGCAUGUGGCGUCUACUUCAUUCCUGAGUCUCCACGAUGGCUCAUCGACAACGAUCAGCACGAAAGAGCCGAGGCUGUUCUGCAGCGCAUCUACAGAGACCCAAGCGACCCCGACAACCAUGCAGCCAAGGCCGAAUUUGCCCAGAUUCGCGCUCAGGUAGAGCUUGAGCGACACUUGCCAUCUUCUUGGGCUUCACUGUUUACCGUUCCUCAUUACCGGAAGAGGGCCAUGAUUGGUUUCACCACUCUUCUUGCUGGCCAACUUACUGGAACUACCGUUAUCAACAACUAUGGACCUUCACUUUAUGCGGCCCUCGGACAUGGCGCUUCUGCUAGUCUCGCUCUCUCGGCUGGAUGGUUGACCGAAGGACUUGUCUGCAAUGCCAUCAACGCUGUCCUCCUUGACUACGUCGGAAGAAAAUGGCUGAUGGUCACCGGCCUCAUUGGCUGCGCCAUCUCACUUCUUGGGGUAAGCAUCAUGGUCGCUCUUUACGGAGGCACGACAAAUAAAGGUGGCAACUCGGCUGGUGUCUUCUUCUUAUAUCUGCACCUGACUUUCUAUGCCACCUGCAUGGAUGCCUCGACUUAUGUCUACGGUUCUGAGAUAUGGCCUACUCAUCUUCGAGGCAAAGGCUUUGCGAUAUCCUGUGCCGGUCUUUUUGUUGGCUCUCUUACUCUUCUUGAGGCUGCACCGACUGCUUUCGAAACCAUUGGCUGGAGAUUUUAUCUCAUCAUGAUGGCAUUCACAAUUAUUUGUGCCAUCAUCUUCGCCCUGUUCUUCCCUGAGACUAAGGGAAUGACCCUGGAGGAGAUCUCAGCUCUCUUUGAUGAUGAAGUCGCCAUUGACGCCUCGAGUGACACUAAGACCCUGUCUAUCACCAGCGACAAGGAAAAGGUAAAAGCUUAG